AGUUGGCUCCAUGGCCAACUAGAACUUGGAUUACCUGAGUCCCAGUAACCGUUACACCACACUGGCUCGCUGAUUGAACAGUGUCAGUGUCAUGAGAGUUUAUGUUCCUCUUCAGAAAGCCAGAGGAGGAUAAAUUUCAAAUACUUGAACAAUGGUGCUGUUGGGCACGUGUAUUCAAUGGCAACAACAGUGCUUUUACAUAGGACUAAAUGAAUAGUCUAAAUUCCUUGUUGCUAUAAGUGAACAGGCACAUUUACAUUUGCAAUACUGAUGUGUGACAAUAACUACUCCCCAAAACUAUAUCUGUCUCGAAGCUACCUUCAGAUCGAGAACCACAAUUCCUCUUUCAGGGUUAUCUGUACGGAUCUGAGUGUCAAAAGUUGGGUUACACAAAUUUGAGUAACCAAUCCAAAAUUUCUGGUUGCUAGACACUAUCAGUGCAACAUGGUGUUUACCCUCAACAUGGUGUUUACCAACAUAGUUCAUACUGUAUUCAGUUGUGUUUUCUCCUAGAAUAGUAUGUAGUAUGUUAUGGUCAGUCCCCAGAUUGGAAAAGAAACUUGUGCUAGUACUGAUCCAGUCAGAAAAAGGGAGGUUGGGACUUGCUUGGACAGUGGGUGUUGGUCCACAGCUACAAUAGCCAGUCAGGCCUAGCUUGAAGCUGGCACGGGUGUGGAAAUCUGUAUUGUUGCACUGAGCCCUCUAAACUUCGUUGGAACUAUCUAGAAAAUCUUUGCUUGCUCUUGGACUGUAUGUGAAACAGGAAGGCCUUGCCCUGGUAAGAAUGAUGGGGUGGCCUAUACCCCUGAUCAGCAAUUCCAUUUUCUCUUGAAUUGCUCACUUCAUAUUAAUAAAUGACUCUGGCUGGCUCUUCAUAUUAAUAAAUGGCUCUGUGUUUGGCCAUUUAAGCAUUAGCACUACACAUACAUUUAAGCAGUUAGCACCACUUUAUUAACAGUCUCUAGCUGCUGAACUUGAUGGACCUUCCUCCUACCCAGUCAAGCAGUCACUUGUAUCACAUACCAAUGUAUCACUAUUGCUAUGCCUGUACAAGAACAGAACAACUUAUCUAUCAUGCCUGAGUAAUUUUUGUAAAAUGAAUGUUGAGUCAAGCAGUUCUUCAUCUUUGCUCAUGCUUACAGUGUUUUGAUCCUAGUGGUGAUAGUACUAAUUGAAUAUGUUUACUACCUCCUGAGAAUGAACAUUAGCUUAAGAAUCUAAACAUUUUUAACUUGAGGUAGUCUGAGAACUCCCUUUCUUUAUUUAAUCAAGCCCCUCUCUCACACAUACAAAUCUUUUAAAGAUGGCAGAAGGAAUUUUCAGAAUGACAGCCUUUGAUUGCACAUCAGGGCAGCAAUUCCUCAGUUGUUUUAACCCAGGAAUUACAUGGAUGAGUGGAGUGCAUGAGCUGGACACUUACACUUGACACUUCUGCUUUAAUUAACAACUCAGGAAUGCCCAUUUCUGGUUUGUUUUGUGAUGUGCAGACCUGGAAACUGUGGUAUGUUGUUGGGUUACUUCUGAGUUAUUUAACUUACAAACAGCAGAAUUUCCAGGUUUGCACAUGAAAAACUGACAAGACAUUCCUGGGUUAUCAGUUGAAAGCCAAAAAGAAAAUGGGGGUGGGGGCAAGAAGCAAUGCAUCUGUCAGUUUUCUCAACUCUGGCAGUUGCUAGGAAUUAUAUUAUGACAUGAGCUAUGUAUCAGGUAAGGUACCUUCUGUGUCAGAUUGAAAAAAAUACAUUAGUUUCAGGUGGUACUUAAAAUAACUUGAUGCUAGAGUGCAUAUUUAUAGAGUGCAUGUAUAAAAUUUCCUGGGUUUAAUCACUGACAUUUAUGCUUAAGGGGAUCAGGUAGUAAGCAAUGGACAUGAUCCUCUUCUAUCUGAGACCUUGUGGAGCUGCUACCAGUCAGAAUAGAGAAUACUGCACUGAUGGAUGGACAAAUCAUCUGACCUGAUAUCAGAAAUGGAGGCGAAGAAACUGCUUGAACUCUGUCUUAACUUUUAUCAUGGAUUAUGGGACUGUGCACUGAUAAGCCAACAAGAGGAAUGCCUAAGUAACUAAAGAAGAUGGGUGCUAAUGCUUCAAACUACCCUCAUUCGUGUUCCCCAAGGGUAGGGGGAAAUUCUCAGGCACAACAGACAUUCAUAGGAACUUCAUCUUAUUCGCAUCAAGGCUAUGGCUGUGAAUCUAAACUGUAUAGCCUUGACCAUGGCCACGAGAAACCUCAAGACAAGAAAAAGAAAAGUUCUGGGCUUGCCACCCUCAAAAAGAAGUUUAUAAAGCGCCGCAAGUCUAGCCGAUCUGCUGAUCAUGCCAAGCAGAUGCGUGAGCUCCUCUCAGGCUGGGAUGUUAGAGAUGUCAAUGCAUUAGUGGAAGAGUAUGAAGGAACUUCAUCCUUAAAAGAGCUUUCUCUGCAAGCUAAUUUAGCAAGACCAGAAGCUAGAACACUCCAGAAAGAUAUGGCUGACCUGUAUGAGUUUAAAUACUGUACAGAUGUGGAUCUGAUAUUUCAAGAGACUUGUUUCCCUGUGCAUCGUGCAAUUUUGGCUGCACGGUGUCCAUUUUUUAAGACCUUGAUUUCUUCUUCACCAGAAUAUGGUGCAGAGAUUAUAAUGGAUAUCAACACAGCUGGCAUAGACCUGCCCAUGUUUUCUGCUUUGUUACACUACCUGUACACAGGAGAAUUUGGAAUGGAAGACUCAAGAUUUCAGAAUGUUGACAUCCUCAUGCAGCUUAGUGAGGAAUUUGGAACUCCAAAUUCCUUAGAUGUUGAUAUGCGAGGGCUGUUGGACUACAUGUGUUACUGUGAUGUAGUUCUCAGCUUUUCGUCUGACUCUGAACUAGUUGAAGCUUAUGGUGGAAGUCAGAGUUGCAUGGAUGAAGAGCUAAGAGCACACAAAGCUAUAAUUUCAUCGCGGUCACCAUUUUUUCGGCACCUACUGCAGCGGAGAAUAAGGACUGGUGAAGAAAUCACUGAUAGAACAUUAAGGACUCCAACAAGAAUUAUACUGGAUGAAUCUAUCAUACCAAAAAAAUACGUGAGAGUAAUUUUAAACUGCAUGUACACAGAUUUGGUGGACCUCUCUAUUUUGCACAGUAGUCCCUCAGUGGGGAGUCUAAGUGAAGUUCAGGCUCUUGUAGCAGGAAAGCCAAACAUGACAAGAGCUGAAGAAGCAAUGGAACUUUAUCAUAUAGCACUCUUCUUGGAGUUCAGUAUGCUUGCACAAGGCUGUGAGGACAUUAUUGCUGAAAGCAUCUCACUAGACACCUUAAUUGCCAUUCUCAAGUGGAGUUCUCAGCCGUACGGCUCCAAGUGGGUACACCGCCAAGCACUGCAUUUCCUCUGUGAGGAGUUUACCCAGGUCAUGGCUUCAGAUGUCUUUUAUGAACUCAGCAAAGAACACCUACAGAUAGCUAUCCAGUCCGACUUCUUACAGGCAAGUGAGCAAGAUGUCCUGAAGUACCUUGUUAAAUGGGGCGAACAUCAGUUGAUGAAAAGAAUAGCAGACCGGGAGCCUAACUUGCUGAGUGGCACAGCUCACAGUGUGAACAAACGAGGUGUGAAGAGGCGUGAUCUUGACAUUGAGGAACUAAAAGAGAUCCUUUCUCCUCUGCUACCGUUUGUCCGUAUUGAGCAUAUUUUGCCUAUGAACAGUGAAGUGCUGACUGAUUCUAUGAAGAGGGGUCUCAUAAGUACUCCUCCUUCAGACAUGUUGCCAACAGCUGAGGGUGGCAAGUCAAAUGCGUGGCUCCGACAAAAAAAUUCAGGAAUUUAUGUGAGACCAAGGUUGUUUUCACCUUAUGUGGAAGAGGCUAAGUCAGUUCUGGAUGAGAUGAUGGUGGAACAGACAGACCUAGUUCGUUUACGGAUGGUUAGAAUGUCCAAUGUACCAGAUACUCUCUACAUGGUAAACAAUGCAGUUCCACAGUGCUGUCAUAUGAUAAAUCACCAGCAAAUAAACAGUAAUCAGUCCAAUCCUCCUUCAGUUGUAGCCAAUGAAAUUCCAGUUCCUCACCUGUCUGUUGUUAAAGAGAUGAUCAGACGUCUGCAAGAGCUCCGCCACACUGAGCAGGUGCAAAGGGCUUAUGCUCUUAACUGUGGAGAAGGGGCCACUGUCAGUUAUGAGAUUCAGAUCCGAGUAUUGAGGGAAUUUGGGCUUUCUGAUUCUGCUGCUGAGCUCUUGCAGAAUCCUCACAAGUUCUUUCCUGACGAGCACUUUGGGGAUGAGAGUCCGCAUUUGACACUGAGGCAGUCAGGACGGUGCCGUGUGAACAGCACGCCCACUGCAGAAACCAUGUUUACAGAACUCGACUCUUUUGUGGCCUUCCAUCCACCACUUCCCCCUCCUCCGCCUCCCUACCAUCCACCUGCUACUCCAAUUCACAAUCAGUUCAAAGUCGGGUGGAAGCAAAGGGCCCAGAUCCAACAUCCCUCACGCUCUUUUUCUUACCCCUGUAACCAUUCCCUGUUUCAUGCAAGAGCAGCACCUAAAGGAGCUCCACCCAUCUAUUUAUCUGGUGUCAAAGCUACCCCUCCCGAUUGCACUAACACAACAGGACUGGGAAGGCAGACUGUUGCCGCAGCAGCAGCUGUGGUAGCGGCUGAAAAGCAAGUGAGUACUCAACCUGUGCUCAAUGAACUGAUGCCAGAUAUUGCUAUGGGUGUGUCAACAAUGUCUCUCAAGGACAGGAGACUGCCAGAGCUGACUGUCGACACAGAACUGAGCCAGCCUGUUUUGGAGGUAGGGCCAGGACCACCUCAACACCUUUCAUGCAUUCAGACCAGGCACAUACACAGUUCCCGGAAAAAACAUUCAGUUGAACAAAAAGUGGAUACUAGAGAGAAUCAGCAGGAAUAUCCUGAUUUAUAUGACUUCUCUAGUGCUGCAUGCAGGCCUUCAACUCCUGCUCCUGGCAGGCACACUCCUUCACCUUCUCAAGGCAUCUAUUUUGGCCCAGAUUUGUACAGCCACAAUAAAACAUCACCCAGUGGCUUAAAGACCACUCACUUAACUAAUCACAUCUCUCCUAAAAAGCUAGAAGAUUCUCGGAGAGAGUAUGCACUUUCUCAAGAAGGGCAUCCACACAGACAAAAGAAUGAACCUCUACACCUCGAUGUCUUAGAACAACCUCCCCAGCGGUUGGACUUGGCAUUGGCUGCCCAAGAACACAUGGGGAAUGUCCCAGUUCAUGCAAGAGGACGAACAAAAAUAGAAACUGACUUAACCUAUGGGCUCACCUCUAGCCGACCUUCUCUGCCACCUGCAUAUAGCUCAGAGAUCCACGAAGAGCAAUCCAGCCGGAGAUUGGCAGACAGCGAUCCCCUGGAUCAUGAAGCACAGAGAAACACAGAUCUUGAAAGGGAAGAGGCCGUAAGCAGAGGAAGGAGGUCUCCAAGCAAACCAGACUUCCUAUACAAAAAGUCUGCUCUCUGAAAAUCACCUCCACUUCUUCUCUGUGCCUAAGAGUAGUGAAAUAUCCAGUCUUUGCCAUCUUUUCUGCCUGACAUUUUUUGGGCAAGUUCAUUUAAAUGCCAGCCACUGCAUCAUUUUUUAAAAAUUGUAUAUACAUGGCUUCAUUAGAGAUGGCAUGCUACCAGUUUAUUUGGAAUGCUGCUUCAGGGUUUGUGAUCUGAACAGAUUUUGUUAAUCCUCUUUUUUAAAAAGUAUAUUUUAGUUGGCACCUUGAAAAAAGGUAGCCUUUUGCACCUGUACAUUAAUUUUAUUCGUUUUUGUAUUAGUAUGUUAAACUUUUACUGUCAUAUUUUAAAGGACUGUAUGUUCAUACUCUUCUGGGUGGCUUUUUUUAAUGAAAUCUUUCACCUCCUGGUUUCUUUUGUGCAUUGGGAUGCACACUUGAGAUGUAUUUUCUUAUAAGAUGGUGACAAUGUCUGUCUUUAUUUUUGAAUGACUAUAGGAAUUCCAAAGAACAGCACAUUUAAGUAACUGCUCUGGUUAGGUCUGAAGCCUUCCUGGUCUACCACUAGUGCAAGAAUCCAGCUGAAAUUGCAUGCUCUGUUUACUAAGACCAUGGCAGCUGGCCUUCACACUGUUGUAGCAAGUGCUAAUUGUUUGUGGCUAGGACUUUCUGUGGAAGUGAGGAGUACAACUCCUUUAGGGUUCCUUGGGAUCUUCCUUAUCCUUUUUCAGAACAUGGGACCUCCAAGAAGCACUUACUUAGCCCCUUUGGUUUAUAAUACAUAUAAGUACUGCAAAUUGUGACUAUUGUAUACACUUCCAUCAAGUUUAUAAAUGUAUGCAGAGAUGAGGAAGUUUCAUGAUAAGUCCAAGAGGGUGGGAAGAUGCUACUUAGUACUGAUAUCGGUAUUAAUGCUCCAUUUUGCUAGAGGAAGCUGCCUUUCCAGUAAGAGGUACAAAGAAUUACUGGCCUUUGUACUGCCAGUAAUUAAGAAAACAAGGGCUUUGGUCAUUGAGUGCUCCUUGACACUACAAAUCACUCACUUUAUGGAUACAAAUCACAUACUGAAGAAUAGCAGCUAUAGCUUAAUUAGCUGUAAGAAAUUUAGCACUUAAUUUCUUAAUUCCAAUCUCUUGAAUGUGUUUUUUCUGUUUUUGUUUCUAAAGAUGGUUAGGACUCUGUGGUUUUAUGAAUAUGAAGUAGAGACACAGGGUUGGUAGUCUAGAAAUGUCUGUUGCCACUAACAAUGGCCAUUUCAACAGUUAGCAGUUGCAAGUACUGGAAAACUUCCAAUACCACUGUGUGGUAGUUUAUAAUGAAGGCCUGACUUGAUAUAGUGAUCAUCUUCAAAAUUCAGCUCUUCCAUCACCUGAACACCUCAGUCAGAAAAUUAACCUUAAAUCUGACUCUGUUUUAGAUACUUGACUCUGUUGAAAUGCAAACUUGGUUUCAUUGUUUAAUCACAUUUUUGUUCUCAACUCUUUUUUUAACAAAGAGCAUCACAGCCUAGUGUUUUGUCCUUGUCUAUCUCCUUGAGCAGAAAAACACUGUUAAAGAAAGCAUAUAUUCCAGAUCAGAGAGAGAUGUGUGAGAGUGUGAGUGUGUUAGGGAGGGAAUGAGAAUAUGUUAUCCAGAACCUGUACAUUAAUUUCAAGCAUGGUAUUACAUCUUUACAAAAUGAAAGGCCUUUCAUCCUAUGCCUUUGACAAUAUGUUUUGUGUGUAUAGUCAAAUUAAUGGAAUGAUUGCUGUGACAGUAGUUUAAAGACCAUGCACCAUCAAAAUAAAUUCAACAUUAUUUGAAUUGUCUUCCCUUUAAAACCAACUUAAUCACAAGUGAAUAUGGGAAGCUACUGGGUCAAUUUGUCCAAUGCUUUAGCUGAGUGUGAUCUGCCAGAUGGUUUGGAUUGCAGUUCGUUGACCAUUGACCAUGCUGCUUGGGGUGGAUGGCUGCUGCAAUCCAAAACAUCUGGAGACCACAUUGGUAGAGGGGAAGUUGGUAUGAUUCUUUGAUGUUAGCUUUGCUGUGAAGAAAACUUAAAGGGUAGAAUAGUUCCUGCAUAUGAAUACACUCAUUUUAAACCAGCUCUCCUAAACAAUUCCCACCAUCACCCAAAGCCCAUGUCAAUAUUCUGCAUUUAAAACAUUCUAUUUCAGGUAGCUCGUUUUGUCCACCUGUCAACAGCCAAUUUACUUGACAAGUUGAUAGGGAAAUAGGCUCUGUGCGUAAGAAGUGAAUGGUAAAUUUGCAAUCCCAAUAGUGGCUAUAGGGGUGGCUGAGGUAAUUCAUUUGAGGUUUAGUUUACAUAUGGUUUUCACUGUGGAAUAGCUUUUAAAUGCAUAUUGGCUCCUAGCUUUUGAAGUCAGGUAAGUUGCCAUUUCACAGCAUAGGACAGUGUUGUAGAUGGAAGUCAGUCCUGGUAAGGGACAGAAUUUUGUAGAAGGCCUAAAGACAGGCGGGCUAGCUAGACAAUCUUAAGACUAAAAUUGUAUUAAGUCAGAAAGGGGAUACAGAAAUGCCUAGAGAGAAAGAGCUGAGGCAGCAAGUUUCUGGCUUCUGGAUUGUUACUUCUAGGACUAAGUAUUGUGCUAUUUACACAUUAAAAGAAAAUACAUAACUGCUACUAAGAUUAUUUAACAUACAAUCUUAUGCAUAAUUAGAUGUCAGGUCUAAAACUCAAAGCAUGGCUGGGGCUUGCUGGAAGUGGUAGGCCUUUUUUAUGUCUAAACAUGCAUAGGAUUUUACCUUGGCUUUCAAACUUGAUCCUCUUCUGUAACAUCUCUUUAUGGAGUUUGAUCAGAUCAGUGCCACCUUGGCAGGACCACUAGGUGGCUAAGUACCUAAACCCACAUACAGGAUGUAAUCCUAUUCUCUUCCUGUGCUUCCAUAAGAAAAUGCAUCUCUUUUGUCCUGGAUUGAUUAUCUGUGUUUGUAAACACUGUAUGAGUUAGAGGCUAAUUACAGACUAGUUUAUGUGUCCAUGGCCCAGUAGCAUCAGAGAAAUGCAGCUAUUUUGUCAAGGGGCUAAUCUGUUAUAAGAUUGAUCAAACAUGACUUGUGCCAUAAUGAAAUUAUAUGUACAUCCUGCCGGACAGAUGAUUACUCAGAACUGCAAUGACUCAGUCUUCUUGUCCUCCCCAAAGCAGGAUCUGUGAAGCAACAAGCAAGUUCCAACUGUUCAAUAUUGUCAUAAUCAACAGCAAUGCUGUUUGAUUUUUCAAGGCACACUACAGUUUUAGAAGCUUAAAGAAAUAAUCCUUCGUUUGCAUGAAGCACUUUUGAAUAAGAUGUUGGAAAUUCCAAGUAUUCAGAAACCAUACAGCUGUGGCUUUGAAAGAGAAAUAAUUGCUAUGGAACAAUUGGUAUACGAUGAAAGAUACUGCAGUAUGGAAACUCAAAACUAUAAUCUUGGCUGAUUUUGCUGCAGCAGUAGAGAAUCUGAUCCAAAAAUGGUUUAGUGUGCAUUCUAGUAGGGAAGAAAAUCUCUCUGUUCCAACCUGUGGCUGGAAGCCAGAGUGAUGUGCGCGCCUGCCAUGUUUCUAUGCAUACACAGUACAUGUGUCUGAUUUGUUACUUCCAGAGUUGCAAAAGACUUGCUUCUCCUUGACUGGUGAGGAUGACUUUCAAUAUUUUGGGGGCAGGGGAGCAUGCUUUCAGGAGAGAGAAUCCAAAAAGCUUCCAUGUAGGCACAGUACCUUGGCUCCUGGUCAAUGUGUUUACAAAUAAGUCUUCUAAAAAUACUAUUAGAGCUGCAUCAUAAUCCUGUCCUGUGUGGUUACAAUAACUGUCUUGACAACUAUGUAGUGUACCAUUUCAUGUUUUAAUUUGUCUUUGAUCUUUUUUCUGCCUUUAAUAAGAGAUAAAGUGAACAGACUGGCCCUUUCCUGUUUUAUAAUUUUGUUUUAGGUGUGGAAUAUUAAAAAAAAACAUUUUUCAUCUCUUAUGUAACUUAUUUUGAAAUGGGCUGCAGAUGGCACUAUUAUUCCAGCUACUCCCAAAGUCUGUGUUUAUAUGGUGGAGGGUUUUGUGUGGAAUGUUGGGGGAAGCUGGACAAGAAAAAAAAUUGGUAUCUAUACUCAUAACGUACUUCUGGAAGGUGUUAAUUGUCCAUGAUGUUUGCGUUGUUCUUGUGCUGUUACUGGUAUAAAGUCAAGUGCCUUCAAUGCUAAAGGCUCAGAAAUUUUCUUAAACCAACUUCAUGUUCUAUGCAAGUGUUUUUUCUACAACCUGCAUAACCAGUACUUUGUAUACUUGUUUACGCUUCAAUUGUACAUAUUGGUUUUUAAAGAAAAUAUAGUAUUUUUAUUUAGGUACCUCUAGAAUUGAAUUCUAGUCUUGUGUGAUGCAUUGUAAAACAAUACAUUUCUCUUUUGAGUACCAUUACAGUUGUAAAAAGGUUUUCACUGGUUCUAUUUUUCUACUGUUGCUGAGAAGCAUGUUAACACUGACUUUAUCCUACAUAUAGUUGGUAUUUCAAAUAAAUGGCUUGUCUAGAAAAA